CGGCAAAUAUGUGCGUGGGUGUCCAGUACCAUUCAGAAAUCGAGUCAACGACACCGCGGAUGAGAAACUGGCAAAGAGGGAAGGGGGAAACCUUCAUAGCAUUUCUCUUUCUCUCUCUAUCUCUCUUGUCUUUUCAUCCUCACAAGAAUGCAGCAAUGUAAUUAACCGCCCGUCAUUGUCGUCGAUCACUGCCUAUUCGCUUCAUUUUUUUUUUUACACGAAUAAAGUCACAUUCAUCGACAAUAACACGGCCGAUUGCUUGCUUGAUGGACGAAGUCGAUGAAAGCGACGCUGAGACGACAUCGCACGAGAAAAAGCAGCAGCAAGAGCACAAAGAUCGUCAUCAUCGUCGACGCAAGGACACUAUAGAGGAGCAACACUACAGUGCUCCUGAUGUCGACGGAAACCCUGUCGGACAAAACGCGGAUCUGAGUCACCGCGUCGGCAACCUCAACUUGCACGUCCAGCCCGCUGACGAGCAACACAGGCUCGGGAGGAAGCAUCACCACCAGCACAAGCAUCAUGGGCAGGCGGCUGGCUCGUCGUCUUCGUCGUCUGCUCACCGGCUGACACCAGGUGGAAUUAGACAGGAGGAAGGGGAGCAAGAGGAAGAAAUGGCGGUCCAACAGCAGCAGCGAGUGAAGCGCUCGACCAGCGUCAACAACAGCUCUGGCAGCAAGGAUCGGUAUCGGGCCAAUGCUUCUACUGCUGCUAAUAGUAAUAGUAGCGGUGCUGGUAAGGAGCGGGCAACUGCCGCCGACGCCGUCGUCGUCGUGCACACGGCGCCUGGUCUACGUCCCGACAAGCCCAUCGUCGAACAGAAGCAGAAACACAGGGAGAAACAGCAGAAGCAUCACAACAACAGACAACAUCGCCAAACGUACGAAAAGACGCACGAGUACUUCGAGGCCAUCCUGAGUCGCAAGAAGGAGGCCUUCAACCGUCGGUUCGACAACCCGACGGCGGCGGGCUUCAUCGGCAAGCAGCAUCGCGGGCACUUGUCCGACUACCUUCUCAUCCGCACCAUCGGCACGGGCUCGUUUGGCCGCGUGGUGCUGGCCCGGCGACGGGCCGACAACCAGCCCUUUGCCGUCAAGAUCCUGCGCAAGGCCAAGGUCGUGUCGAGUCGCCAGGUGGGUCACACACUGGAUGAAAAGCGACUCCUGCACGCUGUCGACAACCACUUCCUCGUCCGCCUCCACGACAGCUUCAAGGACAACAGCAACCUGUACCUGGUGCUGACGUUCGUCAACGGCGGCGACCUCUUUGGCCUGGCUGCCAAGCACGGCAAGUUCUCCGAGGCCCACGCCAAGUUCUACAUUGGCCAGAUCCUCUUGGCCAUGGAGUACCUGCACGCCAACUCCAUCGUGUAUCGGGACCUCAAGCCCGAGAAUGUGCUCGUCACCCUGCGCGGCUACCUCAAGAUGACGGACUUUGGAUUUGCCAAGCGUCUGGAGCCGGGAAAGCGGGCGACCGUCGUCAUGUACGAAAAGAUCGCGUCCGGCAAUUUCCGGUUCCCGCCGGGCCUGUCGGACACCUACGUCAACAUUGUGUCCAACUUUCUGCAAGUCAAGGUGGACAAGAGACUCGGUUGCCUGCAACACGGCGCCAGGGACGUCAAGAUGCACGAGUGGCUCUACGGCUUCAACUGGAUCCUGCUCAACGAGGGCAACAUGGCGGCGCCCCUGGAGCCCGUGCUGUCGGGCCCGGACGACUCGCGCUACUUCGAGCGCUACGACGAGACGCCGGUCACGAUUGCGGCCUAUCCGGAGUAUGCGGCAGACUUUGCCGACUUUUGAUCUCCUGUCCAGCAUACGGCAUCGUAUAUAGUGCUCUGUAAUAAUGAAUAGAGAUACUGAAUUUGUAUUUGCAGUUCAUCAAAAUGCAUUCACUAUAAUUGUACCCACCAGU